AGCUGCUGCUGCUAGAAAACAGAGAGAUCGCGAGAAAGAGAGAGUCCAAGAGACCCAGAGACAGAGAGCAGUUACUCCCGUCGUUUGAGAUCUAGCCAUUAGUUUGCCCUUUUCGUUUCGGAUCGGAAAAAAGGAUGUUUGAUGAUCAAGAUCUGGGUUUUUGUGCCAAUUUUCUUGGCAUUUUUAUAUUUGUUCUGGUGAUCGCAUAUCAUUAUGUGGUGGCUGAUCCAAAGUACGAAGGCAACUGAAACUUGUGUUGUACACUCUCAAAUAAGUGUCCAAGUGAUAGUCAGACUGUCAAUUUUGUUGGCUCAACCACAGUGAAAGGUUUGAAUAGACUGUUGCAGUUCCUUAAUGUUUUCAAUUUCUUCUUGAGGUUUUAGAAUAUAUCUAGAACAUUGUUUGUGGCAGAGAUGGGGAUUAUAUGUUGAGAUUACCAGUGUUUUUACAAUGAUGUAAUUCUAUAAUAAAUUCUUCAAACU